AUGGCAUCGAUCAACCCCGACCUGGAAACUGCCCUGCGCAAGCUCGAUGAAGAGUUGGAAGAAGGAGACAUAACGAAAAAGGGCUAUGAGAAGCGCAGGACGCUCAUUCUUUCCCAAUAUCUCUCGCCAUCUCCAUCAUUCGCGACCGCCAGCGGCCCCGCCCCGCGAGGUCUUCGAGUCCAUUCAGCCGAGGACAGCGACCAUCCUGCCUCCCUAUCUCUGAGCUCCAACGAUGCCUCCAGAGCUGCCUCCCUCGCUGCCCUGACCGGUUCCCCGGUACCCGGGUCUGCGCGAAAUGGGACUAUGACAGACACAUAUCCUAGCAUUACCCGCCAACGGGAAGAGCAGUACCCAAGCGCAACCCCACAAAGCCAUGUUAAUAGGUUUCAAGAGCGGGAGGUCGGCGGUCGACCUCGAGGAUCCUUUACAGGCUCUUCUGAUGCCCGCAAUGACACCUUUAUCACAGCAAAUGAUCAAUCGAGGUCCCAGACUCUGAUGAGCCAGAAUUAUGCCUUCAAUCCCGAUACUCAACAAAAUUACAUAGUUGGCGACACCCGGAACUCGACCAUGUUGGAUUCCCAACAAGGCUACUUCUCCGACUUUGCCGGCCAACAGCGAGAGGACCAUCAGGAAGCAUACGGUGGACAUGUGCAUCGAUACUCGCAAAGUGAGGUCACAUCGCCGACUGCUCAAGUGGCGCCUCCAUUCUUGAAUCCUGGGCAACUUGCAGGCGGUGCCGCGGUUCAUCAGAUGCCGCUAGAACCCCGAGAAGUGCCAUUUGCCAUCUGCGAUCCGCAUGAUUCUCAUAUCGAAAUGUCCAGCUUCGAAAAUAUCGCCAGUGUGCUUCGAUACCGUGCGACAAGCAAUCCCAAGCAAGCAGCUUAUUGGGUCCUGGAUCAGAAAGGAAAAGAGCUUGUUUCCAUCACCUGGGAGAAGUUGUGCAGUCGAGCGGAGAAGGUUGGCCAAGUCAUCCGCGACAAGAGCAGUCUAUACAAGGGCGAUCGCGUAGCCUUAAUCUACAACGAGAAUGAGAUCAUCGAAUUUGCUGUGGCUCUACUGGGCUGCUUCAUUGCAGGAGUGGUCGCUGUCCCGAUCAACGAUCUCAAGAACUACAACAGACUCAACGUUGUCCUGACUUCUACACAAGCACAUUUGGCUCUAACUACAGAGGCCAACCUCAAAAGCUUCCAACGUGACAUCACUGCCGCCAAGCUCAACUGGCCCCGAGGGGUGGAGUGGUGGAAAACCAAUGAGUUUGGAAGUUACCAUCCCAAACGGAAAGGUGAGGAUUCUCCCCUCGUCGUUCCAGACCUCGCAUACAUCGAAUUCUCCACCGCACCAACAGGUGAUCUUCGUGGCGUUGUCAUGAGCCACAAGACAAUCAUGCAUCAAAUGGCAACUUUAAGUGCAAUGAUCACUUCCGCCACGAGCAAUACGAAGGCUGAUACUUUUAAUCCUUCCCUGCGUGAUAAGCAAGGACAUUUAAUAACAGGUUCCCGUCACGGCGAAACCUUACUCAGCUAUCUGGACCCCCGCCAAAGCAUUGGAAUGAUUCUCGGGGUGUUGCUGAACAUUUACGGCGGUCACACAGUCAUAUACAUCGAUCAACGAUCGAUCGAGACCGCUGGUUUGUACGCAAACCUAAUCACGAAAUAUAAGACAACACUGCUUGUUGCCGACUACCCUGGCUUAAAACGAGCAGUGUAUAACUAUCAAGCCGAUCCUAUGACGACUCGGAAUUUUAAGCGGAACUUCGAGCCUAAUUUCAGUAGCAUCAAAUUGUGUUUGAUCGAUACUCUCACCGUCGACGCUGAGUUUCAUGAGCUUCUAGCCGAUCGAUGGUUGAAGCCACUACGAAAUACGAGAGCGCGAGAAAUCGUUGCGCCAAUGUUGUGCCUACCAGAACAUGGUGGGAUGCUUAUUAGCAUGCGUGAUUGGUUGGGAGGUGAGGAACGCAUGGGUUGCUCCCUGACUCAUGAGAUGGACCAUGACCAUGAUGUCGAAGAGGAUGAGAAAAGGGAAGGUGAGCUUCACUCAGCCAAAACUGGUUUCGGGAGCAGUUUGAUUGGUGGUGGUAGCACCAAACCUUCUGCCAAGGUCCGGUCAACAGAAGAACUCGGCGAGGUUUUGCUUGACAAAGAGGCUCUCAAAACUAAUGACAUUCUCGUUCUGGCCAUGGGAUCGGAAGCACGUGCCAAAGCGAGCUCCUUCCCAAAUGCGGUCAGAUGUGGCGCCUUUGGCUAUCCCAUACCUGACGCGACAAUGACGGUUGUCGACCCUGAAUCUGGUCUACUUUGCACGCCAAAUACCGUAGGAGAAAUAUGGGUCGAUUCACCGUCUCUCUCAGGUGGUUUUUGGGCUCUCCCUAGACACACCGAAACCAUAUUUCAUGCACGCCCUUAUUGCUUUAAAGAAGGCAAUCCCACCCCAACGGCGAUUGACCCGGAAUUCCUGCGCACAGGUCUUUUAGGGUGCAUUAUUGAGGGCAAAAUAUACGUGCUCGGCUUGUACGAAGAUAGACUCAGGCAACGAGUGGAGUGGGUUGAGCAUGGUCUCGAUGUCCAGGAGCAUCGCUACUUCUUUGUCCAGCAUCUCAUCUUGAGCAUCAUGAAGAACGUCCCCAAGAUACAUGAUUGCUCGGCAUUCGAUUGCUUCGUGAACGACGAACAUCUUCCAAUCGUUCUCCUCGAAUCGCCAUCUGCAUCAACUGCUCCGAUCUCAUCGGGUGGUCCACCCCGUCAACUUGACAUUGCUCUCCUCGAUUCUCUUGCUGAGAAAGCAAUGGAAGUCCUCUAUCAGGAACACCAUCUCCGAGUCUAUUGUGUUUUGAUCACCGCGCCUGGCAUUCUACCACGCGUCACCAAGAAUGGACGCCGAGAGAUUGGUAAUAUGCUUUGUCGGAAAGAAUUCGACACCGGAGCGCUCCCUUGUGUCCAUGUACGAUUUGGAGUUCAGAGAGCUGUGCAAAACUUGCCUUUCGGUGAGGAUAUCAGUGGUGGCAUAUGGUCGGCGGAUGCAAGUGCAGCCCGGGUGGAUUUGUUGUAUGAACAAGAAACCCAGUGGUCAGGGGUUGAUCCUCGGGAAGUGGUCAUCGAUGAUCGGACUUCCACUGCGUUGAGUAACUUCACAAACAUAUUCGACUUGAUGCAAUGGCGAGUAGCACGACAAACCGAUGAACUGGCAUUCUGUACCAUUGAUGGAAGGGGAAAAGAAGGCAAGGCUCUGACGUGGAAAAAGUUUGAUACUCGAGUUGCAGCUGUGGCUGUUUACCUACGGAACAAGCUCAAGCUCAAAACGAGUGAUCAUGUCAUCUUGAUGUACACACAUUCUGAGGAUUACGUUUUCGCCAUUUAUGCCUGCAUGGUAUUGGGUAUUAUCGCAAUUCCUGUCGCUCCCCUCGACGCCAAUCGACUAUCUGAAGAUGCCCCUGCCUUUCUACACAUUGUAGCAGAUAUGGGAGUGAAGGCCGUUCUGUGCAAUACAGAAGUCGACCACCUCUUCAGACAAAAAAUCGUGUCUCAACAUCUCAAGCAGUCUGCACAAUAUCUCAAGGCACAUAUUCCCAUGGUGUACAAUACCACGAAACCCUCCAAGCAAUCGCAUGGUUGUCGCGACCUUGGACUCACGAUGAACCGCGCUUGGGUGUCUCCUACAAAUCCUGUUAUCAUCUGGACAUAUUGGACACCCGACCAACGUCGAAUAUCGGUUCAACUAGGUCACGACACCAUCCUUGGGAUGUGUAAGGUUCAGAAAGAAACCUGUCAAAUGACAAGCUCAAAACCAGUUUUGGCAUGUGUUCGAAGUACUAUUGGAAUUGGAUUUCUGCACACCGUGUUGAUGGGUGUGUAUAAUGGCAGUGGAACUUACCUGAUUUCGCCCUUGGACUUUGCCCAGAAUCCGGGCUCCCUGUUCCUUGCUCUCUCUCGCUACAAAGUCAAAGACACGUACGCCACGACUCAGAUGCUGGAUUUCGCCAUGGGUCAUGUGCCAGGUAAAGGUUUCUCGCUUCACGAAAUGCGAAAUCUGAUGAUUGCGACCGAGUCCAGACCUCGGUUGGAUCUUUUUGCAAAGGCCAAGAUGCAUUUUGCACAAACCGGUCUAGAACGAACUGCCAUCAACACCAUUUAUGCCCACGUUCUCAACCCAAUGAUAGCAUCUCGAAGUUAUAUGUCCAUUGAGCCGAUUGAAUUGUGGCUGGACGUCCGGGCACUUCGCAGAGGCUUAAUCUAUCCCAUUGACCCUGAUAGCGAUCCGACAGCCUUGUGCAUUCAAGAUUCCGGGAUGGUGCCUGUGGCUACACGGAUUGCAGUUGUGAAUCCAGAGACCUGCCAACUGUGUCGUGUUGGCGAAUUUGGGGAGAUCUGGGUACAAUCAGAAGCGUGUGCAAAGGCAUUUUACAUGUCAAAAUCACCUUUUGACCAGGAGAGAUUUGGUGGUCGUCUUGUCGGCGGUGACCCCAACAACACGUAUGUCCGUACUGGAGAUCUUGGGUUCCUUCAUAAUGUGACAAGACCGAUUGGACCUGGCAAUCAACCCGUGGAAAUGCAAAUCUUGUUUGUCCUUGGGAGCAUCGGCGAUACAUUUGAGGUGCACGGUCUUAACCAUUUCCCCAUUGAUAUUGAGAACAGUGUGGAGAAAUGUCAUCGAAACAUUACACCUGGUGGUUGUGCUGUGUUCCAAGCAGGAGGAAUGGUUGUGGUUCUGGUGGAGGUUUUCCGAAAAGCGUACCUAGCCUCAAUCGUACCAGUCAUCGUCAAUGCUGUUCUGAACGAGCAUCAGAUUGUGGUUGAUAUCGUUGCGUUUAUUGGAGAAGGCGACUUCCCCCGAAGUCGACUAUCGGAAAAGCAAAGGGGUAAAAUCUUGGCCUCUUGGGUUACACGGAAGUUAAGGACAAUUGCUCAAUUCGGCAUUCGAGAUGCGGAAAAUCCCGAUGCUCAAGACGCUGGCAUGUCAGCAGAUCGACGAAGAACAAGCAUGGCCGGGAAGAGUGUUAGCCAGCAAGACCAGCCUCGAGCUUCGAUGGCAUCCGAGACGCAAGCGGGAUCAGGCCAAUUCGAGAAAAUAUCCACCCGAUCGAGUAUAAUGCCGGAACUGCCCCUCUCACUCCCCCCGAACCAUUACCAGAUCGAUCCGACCGGGCUAUAUGAACAACAACCGUCUCAACGGGAGCAACGGGCACCGGCUGUGGCAUUAAAUGAUAGGCCGUAUAGUCUACCCGAAGGUGUGGUGGAGAUGCCCACAAACUUUCAGGAUAUCGAGGAACCUGAGAACCCGUAUCUGACCGACGAGAAGUUCUUUGAUCCCAAUGCGGACUGGGAGCGUCAAUUCGAUGAUGACAAUGACUUGACACCUGGUGGUCCCCCUCGUUUAUCGCUCGUGAAUCCCGACAAUUACUCCUCGAAUGGCAGCAACGAGAACACACCCACUUCGUACACGGCGACGGCAACGCCAACAUCGACGCUUCGAGCAAUGAACCCGUCUGACGACCAUGCAGAUGAGAGCCCGUACGAGGACCAAGGAAACCCAUUCAGAAAUUCGAUACCUGCCUCCGUGCCCAGUUUCGAUUUCGUGACAUCUCCAACAGGACGGACUCCAGCACGUGAACAAAUGGCCAAUGCUUCCGCGGCCUACAGUCAAAUAACAUCGACCACCGGACGUGCGUUACUUCCGAGCCAGCAAGCCCGCUACCCGAACUACCAGCAAGAAGCCCCAAGAUCACGGCAUUUCAGUGAGAGCUCUUACGAAGCAAAAGAUCUUCCCGAAGAAGCGAUGAUGUAUGCCUCGGGGUACGGCAGGCAGGCUUCAGGGAGCCAGCCACAACAACAGCAGCAGUCUGAUACUCUGCGUGUACAUGGCCGGGAAAGUGUGGACUUGAGCAGUGUCUCGGGUAGUGUCAGGAGGCGAUACGACGGAAGUGGUUACGACGAUUACGAAUAUUAG